AUGCGGCCACAAACAUCCUUUUCUUACAUCCUCACCCUCUUCGCUGCCAUACUCCUCUCGCCUUUGGCCCUCGCCGACAGUGUCAUUGAGUCCAGCUCACUCAACUCCUGCAAGAGCGGGUCCAACUUCACUGCCACGCUAUUCAACGUCGCUUACACCCCGAAAAAUAACAGUCUUGCUCUGAACAUCAAUGGAGUAUCAUCUCUCGUUGGGAAUGUCACGGCGCAGUUGGAAAUUUUCGCUUACGGCUUCACAAUUCUCAAUAGGACGCUGAACCCUUGCGAGAUGAACCUCUCUGGGUUUUGUCCACUGAAAACAGGAAACAUCAACAUCGAGACAAACGUUGAUAUACCUAAGGAUGUUGCCAAAAAUGUCCCCGGCAUUGCUUACACUGUCCCGGACCUGGACGGCGUCGUCCGAGUCUACGUCACGUCACUCGAUGACAACGAAGUCAUAGCUUGUAUGGAAGCCGACCUCUCCAACACAAAGAGCGUCUACCAUCCAGCCGUAGGCUGGGCCACAGCCGUUAUUGCCGGCCUAGGUCUUCUAGCUGCAGGUGUGACCUCAGGUCUCGGCCACCCCAAUACUGCUUCCCACGUCGCAGCAAAUGCGGUCUCGCUAUUCGGCUUCUUCCAAGCUCAAGCUAUCAUCGGCAUGACCUCGGUGACUAUGCCUCCUAUUGUGCAAUCAUGGACGCAGAACUUCCAAUGGAGCAUGGGUAUCAUCCGUGUCGGAUUCCUGCAGUCGAUUGCGACCUGGUAUCAGCGAGCGACCGGAGGCACUCCCACAACCUAUCUUUCCACUCUGAACACCUAUUCGGUCCAAGUGCAAAAGCGUGCCAUCAAGCGCUCCAUUACAGCGAUGACCGCGUACGCUGUGCAGGGCAUCCGAGCUCUCGCCAGGAGAGACGAUUCGUCCAGCUCUACCACCGUUUCCGACGUUAAGAUCGUUCGCGGAAUCGAUAGAGUCGGUUUUAGGGCAGGAAUCGAGCAGACCAAUAUUUUCAUGACCGGUCUGAUCUUCUUCGUCUUCAUUUUGUUCUUGAUCGCUGUCUUGGUUGCCUUGACCAAGCUUUUACUCGACGGUUUCGCCCGCGCUGGCUGGAUGAGAUCCGAGAGAUUUCUGGAGUUCCGGAAUGGUUGGAAGAUUGUUAUCAAGGGGAUUUUGUUCCGAUUGGUUCUCCUCGGUUUUGUGCAGAUGUCGAUUUUGUGCUUGUGGGAACUUACGGAACGAGAUUCAGCCGCAGAAGUUGUCCUGGCCUUGAUUGUCUUCAUCUCCAUGGCUGCUGCCUUGGCUUGGGCCUCGUUCAAGGUCAUCUCCCUGGCAAAGAGAUCGGUCGCCAUGCACAAGAACCCGGCAUACAUCCUCUACUCGGACCCCAAGAGCCUCAACAAAUGGGGUUUCUUGUAUGUCCAAUACCGCGCCACCGCCUAUUAUUUUGUCGUCCCCCUGCUAGCUUACAUCUUAGCCAAGGCGAUCUUCAUUGCCUUCGCCCAGAAGUCACCAGUUGCUCAGGCCGUCGGGUUGCUCAUCGUGGAGGGCGUUGCUUUGAUUGGGAUCAGUGUCCUCCGACCGUUCAUGGACAAGAAGACCAACAUCUUCAACAUCUCCAUUGCUGCCGUCAACUUCCUCAACGCCGUCUUCCUCCUUGUUUUCUCUGAUGCUUUUAACCAGCCGGAGAUGGUGUCGGGCGUUAUGGGCGUGAUCUUCGCCUUGUACAACGUCAUAUUCGCCGCGGUUUUGUUGAUUUUGGUACUCAUCGCAUCCAUCUACGCCAUUGCUUCCAAGAACCCCGAAGUCAGGUAUCAGCCGAUGCGCGAUGACCGAGGCAGCUUCAUCAAGUCUCAAGCCGCCCUCACCACCGAACUCGACGCAUUGGGUGCAACCGCUCGAGGAGAUGGAACCAACAUUUACUCUCAGGACAAGAAGGCCUUCGACGACGAUGAGUCCUUCACAAGUGAAUCGCUCAAGCACCAGUCGGAACUGUCGCAGCCACCCGUCUCUCAAUCUGGUAGCAUCUACGGGCAACAGGACCCCGCGCCGAUGUAUCCCGGUGAAAACAAUGGGAGACGUGGCCCGCCACAAUCCCAGGAGCAACGACAAAUGUACAAUCGAAGCUACGGAGGAAACAACGACUAUGGAUAUAGUGGCCGACCAACAACAGCACCGAACCAACAAGCUUAUGAUAGAAGUUUGAGCCCUAGCCCUCUAAAUCCUGGAUACGUACCACCACGGUCCGCUCAAGGCGGAUAUGCUCCACAGCAAGGAUUCCGUCAACAAAACAACUCCAGCCCUUGGCAACGUGGCGCCGGCUAUGAUUGA